UUUUUAACAGUUAAUAAUUUCUUUCAUAACAUACGUAUAUUUGAGAAAAAUUAAGCAACAAUAAAAUUAGUAUUGUAAGUCUUACUGAUCUUCAAACACAUUUAAAAUGCAGUUAUUAUUAUCAAUUCUAGUUAUAUUUUCUGCAUCUUUUGUAAAAAGUGAAUCAUGUACUACUCCUUCAGUUGUUGUUCAUACCUAUACUUCUAGGAGCAUAGCGUUAUCUACAGAAGUUGAUUAUAUAGCUGAUUUUUCUGUUAAAUGCAAAGAAGGUAUUAAUCGAUUAAACUUAUAUGCUGAAUUAGAGCCAGGUCAUAUAGUACCAGUUGCUUACAAUGAUGCUAAUAAUCAGUAUCAAGUGAGUUGGUCAAAACCUCAUAAAACAGCUGUUGUUGGAACAACAAGUGUAAGAGUCUUCAAUGAUGAAGGGCUCUCUGCAUAUAGAAAGGCUCAACGUAAUAACGAAGGAACAGAUAAAGUUGAACCUCUUCUUAAAGUGGAAGUUUAUCAUCCUGGUGUCUCUCGAGAGGGUUUGUUUGUGCAGACCGAAUUCCUUGCUGUUGUUGUUGCUCUUCUUGUUUGGUGGAUGGGUAAUUCGUGGAGAAGUCAAAUUAUGGAAUAAAAUGUCAGUGGUUUUACAAUUUUAUGUAAAAUACCUUAGUAAAACACUUAGUUUUUAUAAUUGCUAGAAGAUAUAAGUGAAUUUUUUAUUCAGUGGAACAACUAAAAAAUUAACGUUUAAAAAAAUGUCUUUAUUAACGGUUAGCGUUAAAAAAUAAAUUAUUUUAA